CUCUUCUAAGACUUGAAUCAUUGACUCCACCAUAAAAGUUCUCACCACCUAUUGCACACUCUUUGACUCAUCAGAAUAUCCUCCCCGUUUCGUAGAAUUCCGAAUAUGUCCUUUAACUCCGAUGCCUCGUCGCCGUCGACCUCCGCUGCCGCCACCACCAGAGACUGGAUUUUUCCUUCUUACUCCUUCAUUCACUCCCCGCAAAAUGUUCACAGGACGGCCAGAAGAAGAAGAUUCUCAUCCUACCGCCACCCGACGUCGCAAUUCAACUCCGCCGCGGCUUCAUUUCAGCAGCGAGCAGCUGGCGAUGAUUCUAAGUCCGUUAGCAGUUCCAUUUCCAAGUCGAGGCGGCGGCAUUUUGAGUUCGGGAACUAUGAAAAGUCAACGAGGCUGCUGGAUGAUGGUUUAGAUGGAGGUGGAGGCGAAGGGAUCAUGUCGAAUGACGACGCUGUUUCUUCGGAGAAAUACGAGCUUAAGGAGGCUAAAGUGACGGCGACGGAGAAGAGUUUUUCCGGGUUUCUAAGAGGCCGCUUAAGAGUUCGGUGCCAGCUCGCGUUUACAGUUGCAAUACUGAUAACGGUGUUAUCUUCAUUGAUACACAAGAAUUUUUCUUUACACAAAGAGGUUACUGAAUUGCAGGAUAAAAUUUCCAAGCUAAACGUAAGCCUCAAACUUUGUAACCUGUUGGAUUCCAUAGAUAUACACAACUCAUCACCAGAGGAUAUUCCUGUCGACGAACUUCCUAGCAAGAGCCUGAAAAUUGCAGCAUUAGCUGUUUCAAUCAUGUUGUUGUCCCUCCCUUUCUUUUUCUUGAAGUAUGUUGACUAUGUCUCAAACUCGAGAAGAUUGUUGGACAAUAACACAGAGGAAGUAUCUUUGAACAAGCAGCUUGCUUACAGGGUUGACGUCUUUUUGUCAGUUACCCCAUAUGCUAAGCCGCUAGCAUUGUUAGUUGCUACUCUAUUGUUGAUAUGUUUGGGCGGGUUGGCACUUUAUGGUGUUACAGAUGACAGUUUAGCUGAUUCCCUUUGGUUGUCCUGGACAUAUGUAGCAGACUCAGGGAAUCAUGCUAAUUCUGAAGGCAUUGGUCCUAGACUAGUUUCAGUUUCCAUUAGUUUCGGCGGGAUGCUUAUAUUUGCUAUGAUGCUUGGACUUGUCUCUGAUGCGAUUUCUGAGAAGUUUGACUCUCUGAGGAAGGGAAGAAGUGAAGUUGUUGAGCGAAAUCACACUCUUAUCCUUGGAUGGAGUGAUAAAUUGGGUUCACUACUGAAUCAACUUGCAAUAGCCAAUGAAAGUUUGGGCGGAGGAACAGUGGUUGUCAUGGCUGAGCGAGACAAAGAAGAGAUGGAACUUGACAUUGCCAAGAUGGAGUUUGACUUCAGAGGAACAUCUGUCAUAUGCAGAAGUGGAAGCCCUCUGAUAUUAGCUGACCUAAAAAAGGUAUCUGUUUCUAAGGCUCGAGCUAUAAUUGUGCUUGCUGAAGAUGGAAAUGCAGACCAGAGUGAUGCUCGUGCAUUAAGGACAGUUUUAAGCCUAACAGGAGUCAAAGAAGGCUUGCGGGGACACAUAGUGGUUGAAUUAAGUGAUCUAGAUAAUGAAGUCCUUGUUAAGCUUGUUGGUGGGGAACUUGUUGAAACUGUUGUCGCUCAUGAUGUAAUUGGUAGGCUGAUGAUUCAAUGUGCAAGGCAGCCAGGUCUUGCUCAGAUAUGGGAAGACAUUCUUGGAUUUGAAAAUUGCGAGUUCUACAUCAAAAGGUGGUCACAGUUGGAUGGGAUGCAAUUUGAGGAUGUCCUGAUCAGCUUUCCAGAGGCCAUUCCUUGUGGAGUGAAGGUAGCAUCACGUGGUGGAAAAAUUAUUCUAAAUCCUGAAGACUCUUAUGUUCUGCAAGAAGGGGAUGAGGUUCUUGUUAUUGCAGAGGAUGAUGAUACGUAUUCUCCAUCAGAUCUGCCAAUGGUCAAAGAUGCCACAUUUGUAUACAUUACCCGACCAGCAAGAAAGCCACAGAAGAUUCUACUUUGUGGAUGGAGGCGAGACAUUGAUGAUAUGAUUGUGGUACUGGACGCUUUUCUAGCAGAUGGAUCGGAGUUGUGGAUGUUCAAUGAAGUUCCUGAGAAGGAAAGAGAAAGAAAGCUUACAGACGGUGGCCUUGACAUUGACCGUUUGGUGAAUAUUAAACUCGUCAACCGUGAAGGAAAUGCUGUCAUACGGCGUCACCUUGAAAGCCUUCCAUUGGAAUCUUUUGAUUCGAUAUUAAUUUUGGCUGAUGAAUCAGUUGAAGAUUCAGCAAUUCAGGCUGAUUCCAGAUCUCUUGCUACAUUACUGCUGAUACGUGACAUUCAGGCAAAGCGCCUUCCUUACAGAGAAGCUCUGGUUUCCCAGGUCCACAGAGGUAGCUUCUCACAAGGUUCAUGGAUCGGGGAAAUGCAGCAGGCUUCUGAUAAAUCAGUUAUAAUCAGUGAAAUUCUUGAUCCAAGGACAAAAAACCUAUUAUCCAUGUCAAAAAUCAGUGAUUAUGUUUUAUCAAAUGAGCUUGUCAGCAUGGCACUGGCCAUGGUUGCAGAAGAUCGCCAGAUAAAUGACGUACUGGAGGAACUUUUUGCAGAAGAGGGUAAUGAGUUGCACAUAAGAGGAGCAGAUCUGUACCUUCAUGAAGGUGAAGAAUUGAGUUUCUAUGAAAUACUGUUACGCGCUCGACAAAGAAGAGAGAUUGUGAUUGGGUACCGUCUAGCCGACACAGAAAAAGCUGUGAUCAAUCCAUCUGCCAAAAAUGAAAGACGAAAAUGGUCGCUAAAGGAUGUCUUUGUGGUAAUAGCUGAGAAGGAAUGAGUUCCUACUGAUGCUCACUAUUAUCUAUAGCAUUUAUAUUUGGUAUUAUUUUGGAGGAGAUAGAAGCAAUUCACAUAUGCACCAAUGUGAGGUCGACUGCUGCAAUUUUUAGAUCAGGACUACUGGUGCUACUGUAUGGCUUUGUAAAUGCAUGCGCUAAUCUUGAAGAUGAAGGCAAGCGCUACCACUUACUGUUCCUGAAGAGGUUUUACAACCAGGAAACUGAAAUUGUUUGUAGAUUCCAUUUGUAUUAGAUGUGCUUUCCUUGGAUGCAAAUAGUCAAUCACUUUUUAUUCUUUUGAAUAGUGUCGUUUCAUGUGCAGGGAAGACUAGGCCAAGAAACUCGUGCGCUGAGAAAAAUGAGUCUUUAUCAGUACUAUGGCCUUGCAGCAUUAGUCGUCGGAUCUUAGUGUAUGUCAGCUGAUUUAUGGUCCAUCAGUAUGAAACUUGCUGAUGGAAGGGGUGACUCCAGACGGGAGAAGGAACACUUAAAAAUCAGCUGGCACAUAAACUGUUCAAUUUAAUGGAAUUCUUGUGCCCUGUGUUCCUGUAACCAUUUCUGGACAUGCUACUGUCAACCUUCUGUCAAAAGAUGAAAGAAGAGGUAAUGUUGCGUGGUUCUUUGUUAAGACUUCAUAUCCAUUUACCGCACAAUCUGCUGUGUACACGUAAUUUUGGUCUCUCGUGUUGGUAGUUGGUGCCUGUUUGUGCUAAAUGGACGACCUUGAUUCACUCCGCCCGUCAAUUGUCUGGCAUGUGCGUAGUGUUGCCAUGGCCAGGCUA